UUAAAAACUGAUCAAAUCGAAGUUUACAAACGAUUUGAAAAUAUUUUAUUCCCUCAAAAUGAUGGAAUAUGAGUAUGAAAUAGACCCCAGGGGACUACAAGGAAAACCAGGAUCGGUGGUGUUAAAAAAAGACAAGCAAAAUUUAAUAGGAAUAAGCAUCGGUGGAGGAGCUCCUCUUUGUCCUUGCCUGUAUGUAGUUCAAGUAUUUGAUAACACUCCAGCUUCCCGAGAAGGUGUGCUUCAGGCAGGCGAUGAAAUUGUCGGUGUCAAUGGAAAAUCUCUCAGAGGAAAAACAAAAGUCGACGUGGCUCGAGCUAUUCAAGCCGUUAAAGAAGAAGUUACCAUAAACUAUGUCAAGCUACAUGCUGAACCAACAGAAGGAAAAACUCUGGAUAUUAUAUUAAAGAAAAUGAAACAUCGCAUAGUAGAACACAUGAGUUCAUCAACUGCAGAUGCUUUGGGUCUCAGCAGAGCAAUUCUCUGUAAUGAUGGACUGGUUAAAAAAAUGGAGGAACUGGAGCAAAACUCCAAUAUCUACAAGGGUCUUCUUGAUCAUGCCAGACAGUUUCUACAAAGCUUUUAUAACUUAGCUCAAACACAUAAAGAACUUGGAGAAAUAUUUGCUUCCAUUGGUGUAAGAGAAUUGCAGCCAAAUGCGAGUGAGGCAUUUGCAAUUUUUAGUGAGGCUCACAGAAACUUUGAGAAGCUAGGAAUGGAUUAUUUGAAGAAAGUCAAACCCAUGUUGAGUGAUUUGAACACUUAUCUUUCUAAGGCUAUUCCAGAUACCAAAUUGACUAUCAAGAAAUAUGCCGAUGCUAAAUUUGAAUAUCUGUCAUACUGCUUGAAAGUAAAGGAGAUGGAUGAUGAAGAGUAUGCUUAUGCGGCAUUGCAUGAAUCGCUUUACAGAGUAGAGACUGGAAACUAUGAUUACAGGGUGGUAUUGCGGUGUCGUCAGUUAGCCAGGGAGAGAUUUGCAAAACUACGAUCAGAUGUUCUAGUGAAACUUGAACUUCUUGACCAAAAACAUGUACAAGACAUUGUUUUUCAACUACAGCGGUUUGUUGCAGCAGUUACAGAAUAUCAUGAGAACUGUUAUUCAGUGUUGAAGGAUGCCAACGUUUUCCCUAUUGAGGUUGAUUUAACAAGAGGAGCACUGGGAAACCCACUCAAGUAAAUUUCAACUUUAUUCCAUCAGACAAAAUGAUGAUAGUGAGGAUAAAAAAAGCGCACUUACACAGGGAACAGUAGGGCAACUGAUAUCUCUUUGUCAUCUCUAUAUCCUUAACGAGCUACAUAUUACAGUAUUUUGAGUCUUUUUCUUUUUGUGUGUCUGCAAAGCUACCUUCACCUUUAUGGGACUAGUACAGAAUAAUACGUAUUGUCAACUAGGCAAAGCUAAUUCAAGAAGGAAUGAAGAUGGUUAAUGAUGGGGAAUAUCAUUAAAGAUCCCAAAUGGUAGUUAAGAGGUAUGCUAAAUAUUUCAGGAUGCAGAAAACUAUGAGUCAGGUCCCUCAACCGUUAUCAUAAUGAUUACAACCAGCUUUUAAAAAAGUAUGAGUUACUCAAUUGCCUUAUUCAGACUGAUUUUUUUGUGGAAGGUACUGUAUAUGAUAAUCUUGUUAGUUGCAUGCACUUAUUAAGUCAGUGAACAUACCAACAAAUCAUUUUUUUCCUUUGGAGAGAUAAGGUUUUAACCUGUCAAAUUCUAGUUCAGUAUAUUUGGACAAAGAAGAAAUGAGAAGAUUAUUUGAAAAACACUUAUUAUGAGAAGUUUUUCUCUACAAGAUGUACAAUAGUCAUGUAGAAUCUUAGUUUGUUUAUGAUGAGGAAAUUCAGGUGCAUACCAAAUGGUAUUGUCACUUUUUUGACUGAGUUUGCUUGUCAGGGUGGAAGAGAAAAAUAUAAAUACAUGUAGCCUGCAUAUUUGCAGAGGGAAAUGCCUAUGGAAUUAUGUUUAAUAAAUUAUAAUUAUGGAUUGAAGAAGUCAGUGUACAGUCGUGUAUUUACACCAUCAUGGUAAAGUUACAAAUAAAGUUUGAGAAACAGGAAGUUG